AUGAUUGAUUUUUUUAUGCAAUGGAUAAAGGAACUCAAAAUUAAGAAAACAUAACAUCACUUAUCAUUUAAAGAAACACAUUAAAACAAUGAAAAAAUACUUUCAAUUAUCUUUCAAGUACACUUGUACACUAUAUCACUUUAUGAAUUAGACCUAUUCAUUUUAUCUAUUCAAGAAGCAACAUUAAAUUUGCCAGAUUAAAUUUAAAUGCUCAUUUUUUCGUUUUUUUUCUUAUUUUGCAAAUUACUGUUUAUACUACUAACUUUAAUGUGUUCAGAAUCCAUUCAAUUUCCAAGUUCUCCUAUACAUUUUAAUAUAUUAUCAAUAGGAUAAUACUUUAAUAUAAUCCUAGUGGUUAUUAAUUUAUAUCUAAAUCAUUAAUAAGGUUAUUUGCAAAAAACACUAUCUCAUUUUAUCAAUUUAUUUAUUUUUGGAUUGUAUAUCCAUUAAGAAUGUAAGAAAGAAAUCAAUUACUUAAAAACCUUUAUAUUAUUAUUACUCACAUUCUGUUUUUUUAAUAAUUUAUGUUACUUUUUUGUUAUAGAAACGACUUAAAAAGAAUAUAGAAUCGCUUUGCUCUUUGUUUUGUGCCCCUUGUUUCUAAAUCUAAUUGUUUAUUACUCUAAACAUUUAAAUAAAAUUAUAUAUAAUAAAAAUCGAAAAAUAGGGGAAAUAUUUAAUAACCUCCUUAUACUGAAUGAAAAUAAAUUCAAAAAUUUUAAAUAAGAAAAUUUUGAAACCUUAAUGUUUAAAUAACUCUCUAGCUAUGUUAAUGAUCCUUUUAAUUCAGAACUAAUUCUUUUCAAUAAUGAAAUAAUAAAAUCAAAAAAAAAUUAAAAAACUUUUUGGUAUUAUAAAUACAUUCUUAUAAAAUUAUCAUUAAUGUAGUACACAGAUACUCUAAUAUUAAUACAUAAUUUUAAUGAAUCAUAAUUUUACUCUGAAGUAAAUAAGCAAUUUGUAAAAGUUCAGAUAGUAGUAUCAUUUAUUUAGUAACUUAAACUAAUAAAUUUAAAAAGUGAAGUUUAUUAACUUUUAAAUUACAAUAUUACUAAGAAUUUUCAUUUAGAUAAACUCAAUUCAAGUUCUUUUAUUAAUUAUAAAGUUCAAAUAUAAAAAAGCUAACAAUAAAUUUUGAAAGUCUUCAAAGAUAAAGAAUCUCUUUAUACACAACUUUUAGAAGGAAGACCUGCAAAAAUUAAUAGUGUUUUUAAUAAAAGUUACAAUAUUCUUUAAGAGUCCUUAUAAAUAUAAAAAAAUUUGAGAUAAGAACUAAUAAACUAAAAAACUUAUCUUAUUCAUUAAUUAUUGACAAUACUCUAUGUUGAAUUUUUUAAUAACAUAUUAUAGGCUGAAUUAAUUAAAUACUUUUAACUUAAUAAUGAAGAAUUGAAAUUAAAUCCAUUAGAUAAAAUGGAUUUUCUUAAUUUAAGGCUCGAAGACAAUUUAGUAAAUACAUAAAUCAAAUAUUUAAGUUAAAGUUUAUUAAUAUAAUUAGGAUACAAAAUUAAGGAUGAAGAAUUGUUUUAAUUUAAAAUGCUCUUACCAGAUGCUUUUUAUAAAACUCACUAAAAUUUAAUAAAGCAUUUUUUGGAAAGUGGAGUUUGCAAAUAUUUAAACUAGAUUUCGGAUAUGUUAAUUAGAGGAUAAGAUAAUAUUUAUUUUAAUUCUUAAUUUUCAUUAAGUAUUGAAAAUUCUUAAGAACCAGAAUUAUCAUUUUAUGUUUUUUUAAAACUAUAUGAAGAAUAACCUAAUUCUAUUUUUAUUAAUGAUUAGAAUUAAAUAGUAGGUUAUACAGCCUAAUUAUUGAAGUAUCUAAACAAAAAAAACGGUAAUUUAACUUCAAAAACUUUAUAUUUAUUAGAGUUAAAUAAAUUAAUAGAUUUCAAUAAAGAUCAUCUCAGAUAAAGAUAUAUGAGAGGAUAUUUAAUAAUAGAUUAAUAAGAAAUAAUUUUAGAAAUUAUUGAAAGAAAAAGCUUUAUAGAAUUAUAGAUUUUGGAUGAAAAUUUGGAUUUUUAAUUAAAUUAGGAAGUAUUUAGUCAAGAAUAAAGUUUUCCAUGUAGUUUAGAACUUAAUUAGGAAUCUGCUGUCUUAAUUCCAAAUUAACUAUUUCUAGAUGAAUUAAACAGUCCUUUAACUUUAGUUAGAAUAGAAAAGCCUUGUUAAGAGUUAUUAUCAAGUGAAAUAAAACAAUAUUAAACAAUGAAAAGUAGAGAAAUUAGUAAUUUAAAUAGUGAUCCUUUAUAAGAGAAGUAGAAAAAUUCACGUUAGAGUGUAAAAGAUUAAAAAGAUGAAAUUAAUAAUGAUUAAGCCUCAUCAAAAUUUUCGAGAGGUUUCUUAGAUAAUUCUAUAUAUUACUAGAAAUAUAACAAGUUAAAUUAAUUUUUGUAAUAAAGCAGUCACAAUAGGCAAAUUACUAUUAUAUUAAUAUUAUUUAUAUUAGCUUUAUUAAUAAAUAGUAUUUUUUAGUUGAUAAAUUUGAUAAAAUUUUUACCAUAAUAUUAGAAGGUAAAUUCUGAUGUAGAUAUGUUAACAUUAAAGGGAAGUUUUAUGGCUCCAAUUCAUAAUUGCGUAACAGCUUAAGUUUGUGUAGUAAAUUAUAUGCUACUAGCCUUUUUAUUUGAAGAAAUUGGUUAAGAAGUCGCAUAUGCAAAAAUGUAAUUUGGUAUGGAUUCAAUAUUAAAAUCGUAUGAUCAUUUGAAAAAUUCAUUUACGACUUAAUUAGACAAAUAAAAUCUUCAAUUAUUUUUCUAUGAUAAAGAAAUUUAAAUGUAUUAAUUAGGAAAUUUAAGUAUCGUUCCAAGAAACUUAUCCCUAAAGUCUGCUUUGAUUUACUAUUAAGAAGCAUAAUAUUUUACAUCCAUAAUUGAUUAUUAUAAUGUAUUAUCAGAUGUUUCUUCAAAUGAAUUUGUUUAUUAUAUGGCUAAUAUUAUAGCUAUGGAUGAUUAUUUUGAUUACUUAAGUGAUGAAGUUUCAACAUUUGUUGAGAAUAGAAUUAAGACAUUCUAAAGUGAUUAAACUAAGUUUUUUUUAAAAAUGAUAUUUUUGGAAUUACUAAUAGUAACUUUAGGAGUUUCCUUUGUUUUAUAAAACCAAUAUAAACACUCUGAAUUAUUUAGUUUAUUCACCAAUAUAAAUGCAUAUGCACUUGAAAAAGAGAUAUAAAAACUAGAAAAUAUGAUUCAAUUGCUAAAUCAUGAUGAUGCAUACUAAAUUUACAAUUUUGAGGUGAGUGUAUGGGAAAAAGAAAUCUCUGUUUAAUCAUUUCCAUAUAACUAAAAAAUAAAUUUGAAUCGAAUAAUAAAACAUGAAUAUUAGCCACCUAGGUUAGGAUUAAUCUUAGUAUUUUCAAUAAUUCUUAUAAUUUACUUACUUCCAUAAUUAGUAUUACAAUCAAUGAAUAGUAAUUUUUUAGAUAAGUAUUCAUAAAGUACUUCACUUUUGUUAUAAUUGUCUAAGUUAGGAUCUGCAGUGACAGCUGUGUAUGAGAUUCGAGAAAUUAAUUAUAUGAUUUCAGAUUAAUCUCCUUUUUUUGAUUUCUUUACUGAUCAAAAGCGUUUAGAACAGAAUGUAAAAGUAGUGGAGGAACUGGGAAAGAUAAAAGAAUUUAUGACUUUUUAUUUGUUUCUUGAUUUGUAAAAAUAUAUAAUAAUAAUUAGCGAUUCCUCAUUAACAGAUGAUGACUUUAUAGAAAAAUUUGAGAAUGUUGAAUCAAAUAAUUUAUGCAAUUAUAUAAUUCAUGUAAACAAUAAUUAAUGAAUAAUGUUUAGUAUAAUAAAAGUUUGGCUGAAGAACAUUGUAAUUUGAUUUACGAGGGAGUGAUGAAAUUAGGAUUGAUAAAUACUCUAACCGAAAUAUAUAGGUAGAUAAAGACAGAAAUUGAGAAUACUUAAGGAUUUCAACAGUAAUACAGGAAUAAAUCUGGGACAUAUUAAGAGGCGGAGAUAGGAUUAAUAGCAUCUGAUGCAAUUUUAUAUUUAGAAUCUGAAGUAUUUAAUGCAAUAGUUUUAAAGACUUCAGAAUUGAUGCAAUUUCAUUAAGUAUGACAAAAUUUAAUAAAUUAGAUUAUGAUUAUCAUCUACAUGAUAGUGAGUGUAAUUCUUAUGUUUAUUAUAGUUUGCUAUUAUUAUCCAUAUUUGA